ACAGAUAAUAGCGGUUCGGACUGGACCGUUAUUUCGCCUUUGUUUCAUUUAGCUUUGAAAACAUCUUUGUUAUUUAUUGAUCGAUAGUCUGUGAUUGUAUUUUACUUUACUGUAUUACUUUGACACGUAUGUGGUUAACCUUCAUGUUUUUAUGACUCUACUUGUUGCCUAAAGGUUUUAGCUAACAUCUUCUUUUUCAUCUUUUUUGACGUUAGCCAAAAAAUAUUAGCAUCAAGCGUCCAAACGCGCGUUUACUCUAGCUCUGUGGGGAUUAGACGGCUUCGUCUCGGUGUGUAUUCCUCAGAGCCGUCCUCUGCACUGCAGUCAGCGACGCUCGCACGUUUGCCGUAGGAAGGUCACGUUAUAAAGCGGCUCGGCGGCUCUGUAGCUGCUGGAGGGAGCAGGACUGCGCAAAAACCACAGUCCGGAUUUGUGCCUGGCUGACGUCAUGGGAAGCCACAGACCUCUUUGACAGGAUCCAACAACCACCAGCAUCGGGGACACAAAGAUCCAGCGGACCGGGACAUGUCGACGAUUGCAGGACGGUCAAUCGAGUCCCGCGAGGCGAAGUGACGGCGGGCGGACGCGGAGAUUUCGCUCUGGUCCGCGGUGCCGCCGCGGUGCGCCACGAGAGCGCUUCGCCGCAGUUCACCACCGCUUGGAGUCUAAAAACGAGCGGCACUUUGAGCAGAGAGGGAUAAGCGGCCACAGAACAAGCGCUAAUCCCCGGGACGGUCACAUUCACGGAGGGCUCGGAUCCAGCGGAGACGGACCGAGCAGCACCGGCGGGAUUCGAUGAGAGAGAAUAAAGAGGCGCCGCGAACAAAGCGAACCUGAAGUGUUAUGCGAGUUCGCCCGUGUGGCCCUGAUUCGGCUGGAAAUGGGGGCUUUAACAAGCAGACAAAACAUAGGUGUGGAGGAAGUGGACAUCCCGUCCAGCUCGGUGUACCGUUAUCCACCCAAAUCCGGGAGUUACUUUGCCAGCCAUUUCAUCAUGGGGGGAGAGAAGUUUGACUCCACACAUCCAGAGGGUUACCUGUUCGGGGAAAACACAGACCUAAACUUCCUGGGGACCAGACCUGUGGCGUUCCCAUACGCGGCUCCUCCACCUCAGGAACCGGUGAAGACGUUACGAAGCCUUAUAAACAUUCGCAAAGACACCCUGCGUCUUGUUCGGUGCAGUGAGGACCUGAAGCUACCAGGUGACGACGCGGCAGGAAAAAACAGAGCGUGCUACAACGUAGAGUUCACCUUCGACGCAGACACACAAGUAGCCAUCACCAUUUACUACCAGGCCAUGGAGGAGUUUCACAACGGGGUGCCCGUAUAUUUGCCCCAGGACAGUUCUCUGCAGUCAGAGACGGUGCACUUCAAGAGGGGCGUCUGCCAGCAGUUCUGCCUGCCCUCUCACACCGUGAACCUCAGCGAGUGGGCUGACGACGAGCUGCUCUUUGAUAUGGAUAAGGAGGUCUUCCCUAUGGUGGUGCAGGCUGUGGUUGACGAGGGAGAAGAACAUCUGGGACACUCUCACAUCCUGCUGGCUACGUUUGAAAAGCACAUGGAUGGAAGCUACUGUGUGAAGCCCCUGAAACAGAAACAAGUGGUGGAUGGAGUGAGCUAUCUGCUGCAGGAGAUCUAUGGGAUAGAGAACAAAUACAACAGCCAGGAAUCAAAGGUUGCUGAAGAUGAGAUCAGUGACAACAGUGCGGAGUGUGUGGUGUGUUUGUCGGACGUGCGAGACACACUCAUUCUUCCGUGCAGACAUCUGUGUCUGUGCAACGCCUGCGCAGACACGCUGCGCUACCAGGCCAACUGCUGCCCCAUCUGCAGACUGCCGUUUAGAGCUCUGCUGCAGAUCAGAGCCAUGAGGAAGAAACUCAGUCCUCUGUCACCCACCAGCUUUAACCCUGUCAUCACUUCACAGACCUCGGACUCAGAGGAACAUUCGACAUCGGAGCACAUCCCUCCAGGCUACGAAGCCGUGUCUCUGUUGGAGGCGCUGAACGGACCCCUGAACACCUCAGCAGCUCCUCCUCCUCUGCACUCUGGUCCCAGCCAUGUGUCUGGAGCUUUGCCCCCAUACAGCAGUGAACCCCACCCGGCCCCUGCUCGCUCCCUCUCCCCUCUGGACCACUCUAACUCUAGUCAGGGACUCAAACUCAAGAAGAGUGGUUCAAAGUCACUUUCCCAGAAUUCCUCUGUGCUUCCUGAGGAAGAGGAUGAGAAGUCUUGCAGUGAAUUGGAGGCCUGUCGCCACAAACACACCGUGGACCAGCAGGAGUGUGGAGUGACUCCUGACAGCGAGAACCUGACUCUCUCCUCAUCUGGAGCCAUCGACCAGUCGUCGUGUACAGGAACCCCGCUCUCCUCCACCAUCGCCUCUCCUGAAGACCCAGUGAGCAGCAGCCUGGCCCAGUCUGUGAUGUCCAUGGCCUCGUCCCACUCGCAGCACUCCCACAUCAGCACUGACACCAUGUCCUCCAUGUCAGGGUCCUACCUGGCCGGGGCGGAUGGCGAUCCUGGGCCAGACGACGGAGGAGAAGUGGAGGGCGAGGGGACCCAGGAUGCACCCAUGGACAGUCAAGGAGGGUUACAUCAGGACGGGGGCUUCUCCAAGGAGCCAAAGGAACAGAACUAUUCUGUGGCUGUAGAGGAGCAGGACUCAGAGGGAAACGAUGUAACUGAAGAGGACUGCUCCUCCCCGUCCAAUGGGAAAGGUGGGCGGACCAGGUGUCCAGAGUUGGCCAAUAACAAUCAGGGCGUCGCCCUCUGUGACACGCCCUCUUUGGGGUUGGAUAAUGAGCAGGCUCCCGACAGCCGAUUCGCUGGUCGCAUGUUCCCUGGAGGCUACAGACCGGUUUUGGAGCCCCGACCCCACCACACCUCCACCAGCAACAUCAACCUGGAGGAGGCAGAGAACAGAGACGGACAGAGUCCUAAACAAGCCCGUCACGGACCACUCAUUGUGUAACGACGUCACACAACACACACACACACACACACACACACACACACGUAAUGGUCAGCGUGGGCGUCAUCCCGCCGUGGAGCUGCGUCGCUGGAUACUCGCUGAACAGGGAAAACCCAUCCUCACCUUUCUGAACGUCUCCUGAACUGAUUGUUGUUGCUGAUGCUGACGCCGUGGACCGAUCAGCAUCACUUCCGUCUUGUGCACUUUUCUCUCACAGGAAUUUCCUUUAGCUCGUCUGUGACCCGGUUUGUUGUGGGGGCGGUUAUUUAUUAAGUCUAACUAACAGACGCUGUGUAUUGUGACACUGUCUAUCAAACAUACAUGCUGCUCCGUUCCCUUCACUUCCUAUAUUACCACCUAAUCAGUCAGGGCCUACUGUGAUCGGCAAUCGGAUUUAUUACUAAUGUGCUUCUUCGUCUCUGUUUUACUGUGUAUUGAAUAAGCUUUCACCAUAUUUACGUGGGCUCACCUCUGGACUCAAGGUGCCGACUCGCUCCUCGGAUCAGGGAGCUCCCGUCUCAACUUCGCAUGCAGCUCUCAGCUUCCUCUCAUUGUCACCAUGAUUUUUAAAAAACUGCUGAAUGUGAAUCCACUCACGGAUGGACUUGUUGGGUGGCGGAUCAGCCACCGCGAACAGAAAUGGACCAAUAGGACAAAAGAAGAGGCGUCUGGAAUGUUGGAUGUGGAUGAAGGAGAAUGUAGAGACAUGUCAAGCAUCAGCUCCACUGGAAUUAAACACUACAUCCUGAACUGUUUUUGUGAACUAGUUCUCUGAACACUCGCCAUCGUCACAUCAAUCCUAGCAUGUCAGUAUUGUUGUAGUGCAGCUGGAAGUCAUUAUGCACCACCAAGCAAUAAAGAUGCCAAAGCUGCAUCUCCUCCUUCUCUGCAGCACCAGGACUCUAGCGUACGGAUCUGUGCUUGCUCUCACCUGUUGUAUUUAAUUCAGUGUCUUUAAUGGUUACUUUUCCUUUGUUUUGCCGCUCUAAAGGAAUUAAUGCGACGUUACCUGAGGUUCAGAGCACGUGUUCCUGCGAUGAACCCUUCCUCUUUGUUUUGGUAGCUUCCCAAUUGCUGUUUUCUGUUUCCGUGGUUUCAUUUGUUGCAAAACACUGUUUAUUAGAAUGUGGACAAAAAUCUGUGAAGUAUUUGUAAAGGUUUUACACAAAUGACUGAAAAGGGACGAUUCCAACGUUUAAUGCACUCAGCCGUGUCCUGGACACGUGCAUGUUAGUCUGUGAGCCUGCAGCGUCCUGAACGGGACGUGUCCUUCUCUACUCUUACGUGUUCAACACUGCUGCACUAUUGUAACCAAGCUGCAAACAGUCGCGUGAGCACAGACCGAAUGUGUUCAUGAAGUCGUUCUCUGGCACCAGUCGUGGUAGAAAAUAAAGGAACGGGUCAUCAGAUACACAAGGCCCGGCUUUCUAGCAUUCGAGUGAAAAUGUCAACGUCAAACAGACAAUAAAGUUUUUGCAACUAAAUGGA